AUGGUGUCCCCAUUGUCCCCCUGGUGUCCCCCCUGUCCCCAGGACACCUUCGAGCGCGUGUUCGUGUCCCCGGCGCUCCGCGAUGUCCCCUGGUUCGUCAUGGCCGGGAACCACGACCACGCCGGGAACGUCACCGGGCAGCUGCGCUACAGCCGCCACUCGCCGCGCUGGCGCUUCCCCCACCCGUACUACAGCCUGCGGCUGCACCUGCCGGGCUCCAACGCCUCGGCGCGGCUGCUGGUGCUGGACUCGGUGCUGCUCUGCGGCCACGGCGACGAUUUCGGCGCGGGCCCCGCGGGGCCCCGGGACGCGGCGGCGGCGGCGGCGCAGCUGGGCUGGCUGCGGGCGCAGCUGGAGGCGGCGGCCGGGGACAGCUUCGUGCUGGUGGCCGGGCACUACCCGCUCUGGUCCGUGGCCAAGCACGGCCCCACCGGCUGCCUGCUGCGCCUGCUGCGGCCGCUGCUGCGGCGGCACCGCGUCAGCGCCUACCUGAGCGGGCACGACCACAACCUGCAGUACCUGGAGGAGGGGGGGGUGGGCUACGUCCUGAGCGGCGCCGGGAACUUCAUGGAGGACUCGCGGCCGCACGAGGGCUCGGUGCCCCCCGGGGCGCUGCGCUUCUUCUUCGGGAGCCCCGCCAGCCCCGGCGGCUUCGCCCACGUGCGCCUGGAGCCCCGCGCCGCCACCGUCACCUUCCUGGAGGCCACCGGGCGCGUCCUGCACCGCGUGACGCUGCCACCGCGCCAGCUCUGAGGGCACCGGGACACGGGACAGGGAUGGGGGGACGGGGACCCCUUCCCUGGGGGCAGCAGGACACGGGGACAGGGGACAGCAGGA